AUGAUGAAGGUGAUGAAGCAGGUCUUCUCCCCGAAUUACAGAGAAUUCAGAGCCCAUAUAUUUCAUGUUGGAGUGGAGGUAAAGCCAUAUGAACUUCUAUGGAGGAUUGCAAUCACAGUUUGUCCACUUGUUGGACUAUUGAGCGUAAUUCAGAUCUUGAAGAACACGGCGAACAACAAUGAAUCCUACAACAGAAUUGAAAGAGAAGAGGAUUACGAUAUUGCAAGAACUCUGAUGCAGAUGUCUGCAUAUGGUUUGAAAAGGUUGCAGCAGGGCACGAUCAUCUUUGCGCUAGAUUCGUGUUUGCAAUGCAGUUUUUUACAGCCGGGUCUGAUAUCGAGCAGAUGGAACUACGUUGAAAGCUAG